AUGAAACCUCUAAUCUAUCCCAUCUCAAACCCUAAUGGAGCCUUUAAAUACAAGAGGAUUAGGUUUAGGGUCAAAGGAAAGUCAAGGGGGAAGCAACAUUUUUCGGGUUUGACUUUGACUUCUCAGCUCGAUCGAGUUGAAGCUUGGCCGGUCGAGUUGAGGAACUCGACCGGUUGGUCGAGUAGACGGUCGAGCUGGUCUUCAAGAUGGCUUCUCCCUUCUUCCUUUGCGUAUCCAGUUGAGCUGCUUCCAUGUGCCAAGUCCCUCCAUGCUCCUCAUCACAUCACACGUCCGGCCGAGAAACCAUCGGCCAAAUCUUCUCCGUCGACCACGCCGGCCGACCGUGAAACAUCCGGCCACGACCGUUCCGACUCGGCCCAAGACCCGACUGUCCGGCCGAUCGUCCCGACCGACCGUCCGAACGCCGCGGUCGACCCGAAGCCGUUUUUGAAGCCCAAUCCGCACAAUUCAAGCCCAAAGCCGGCGCCGACCUAG